AUGUAUGUCAGUUGGGACAAAGAUGGGCUUGCGGUUGAGCAGGCUAACAAGACAGGCUCGUACAGGAUCACUCAGAACCUGAGAGCAGGAUUUGCUUCUCUCACCCUCACAAAUGCUACUGUGAGCGAUUCAGGGUUGUACAUCUGUAACGUUGGGAGAGAACCAAGAAAUCAAUCAAAAUCAUCAGGAAUUGCAUCUCAUGUUGUCAUCACGACGGCUAAUCUGUCAGUUAUCCAGUCACCUGCUUUCAUCCAAGGAAUGGAAGGGCAAACACUCAUUAUAAACUGUAGCAUUGCAGUUGCCAAGAAUGUGCGACUCCUCCCCUACAGUGUCACAUGGUAUAAAAAUGGCACUGAUGGACAUGAGGAGGAGGUGACAGGUGCAGGCAGGACUCUGAGCGUGACCACAGGCCCGGCUUCUCUCAUUCUGCCCAAUGUCCAAAGGAAUGACUCUGGAAUGUACCGAUGUGCUGUCGGUAGUAAUGGCCGUGGAAAUGGGACCAUGGUGACAAUCUCUGAACGUGACAAGCAGCUAGAAACUGACAGUGGAAGUCCUGGAGAUGGAAUUGGAGCCAGAAUUGGAGCUGGAGCUGGAGCUGCAGCAGGAAUCCUCCUCCUCUUGUUGCUGCUCAGUGUCUUAGCAUGGAGAUACAAGAAGAGGGCUAAAGAAAGCACAACAGAGACAGAAGGUGCUUCAACCAAAGAAGCAGGAACGCAUCUUCCUUUAACCAGCCGGCAGAAAGAGUUGACCUAUGCCAGCCUUCGUUUCAACAAAAAGGAAGUGGAACCAGAUGCUGGGGUGAUCUAUGCGGAAGUGCGAACAAAACCGAAACAGCGAGCUGGCAACAGCCAGAUCUAGCCUCCAAACCAGCCACUUGCACUAGAGGAAAUGAAACAGGAUGGGAGCGAGGCAUGAGCCGCCUUUCAAAAGCCCUUGGACCCCCAUUCCCUAUGACACUGUUCCUGGUCCCUUCAGAAACAACGGAGCUGUUGCCUUGACGACCCACAUUCUGGAAGAUUUGCUGACGCCCUCAUCCACCUUUCUUCCUCAUCUUUUCCUGGGCAGCCUGAAUCUUUGGUCAUGAUGUCCACCUCUUGGGAUGCUGCUGAAGCCAUCAUUGGCCCUCGCCAUCACUGACCCUUGCCAUCUCAGCCAUCUCCCUCCUUCCAAAGGAGCAGGUGUAGGAAGCAUGUGGUAGCUGCUGCAAAGAGGGUGACUGACUAGGGCGAGGUCCCUUGGCUGGGUGUCCUCCAGAGCCAACAUUUGGAAUGAAUGCACUUGCUUCCAAGAGCUGCUGGCUUUCCUUCAUUCCCACCUGCGGCUGUUGAGAAGCCACUUCCCCACAUGGCUGCAGUGUGGAUUUGUGAAUACAUUUACCAUGUGGGAGGGGGCCAAUUGCGUGGGUCAUACUCCCGCAACUGCCACAAGCAAAUGUAACAACUGGGUGUGUGAGAGAGACCGUGCAUCUGAUCUGGUUGUAGAGAAGUGGCUGCAAUGCUGUUAUGAAUGUGUGUGACAGGAGUCUUUGUCAAGCAACUGGAGAUCUCAGCUGAAAUUCUCCAUAUAUAAUAUUUCCCCUCUUGCUCUCAAGAGCUUCCAUCCCCAAGGAC